AUGGUAUACGACGCUCUGGUCCUCGUUCUGACAUGGGCAAAGACGUAUCAGACCAACUGCGCUUCCUCCAAAUUCCACAUGAAGAAUUCUCUCACCUCACUGAUACAGCGGGACGGCACCAUCUAUUUCUUUGUUUUACUCCUUCUGAAUGCCAUCAAUCUUGUCGCAAUCAAAUUCGAGAUACUUGGUUCCGUACCUGCAUUGACAGACGUGCUUACAUCUAUCAUGGUAUCCCGCUUCUUCUUGGAUUUGCGCAGCGUCUAUCUCUCGAGCACCUCAGGCUCUCAAUCGAUUUCCAGGGCCCAAAUUGUACCCGAAGUAAUAAGCCUUGAUUUUACCUCAAGUCUCACCGGAAACUUGGGUGCACCACUUAAUGGAUGGUUCGACGAGGUGCCCGAUUCGUUUUCGGCUGACGAACCCCCUCCCGCCUAUGAGUGGCAUGAACCAAUGUUACUGCACUUGCGUCCAGAGGCUGACGAUUCAGAUGGUAGUGAUUCUCACAACGAGUGA